UUAAAUAUUUCUCUGUAUCGAUAUUAAAUAUUUAUAUUACUGAUCUGGGAUUUUUAUCGCUUUGCGAUUCAUGCAAAAGAAUUAUUAUUGUUUAAAUAAUAAAUAAAAAAAUCACAUUACAGUAUUAGAUAUUCUUUAAAUAAAUGUCAAGUAGAGUUGAUAUACUGAAUACCAGGGGGCGUUAUUCUCUUCUAUUUAAUGUUUAUACACACAUAUCUAUACUGACAUUUAUCUUCCACUUUCGUUAAAAAAAAAUUGUCGGUUAUUUCCAUAAUUCUGUUUACAUUCGAUCACUCUAAGCUCCAAGUAGGAACAAGUAGUAGUGAUAUAUGCUUUCUCCUUGCACGGUUGUUCAUUCGUGAUCCGUUUCUCUCUCUCUCUCGCCUAGCUUUUAAAAUAUAAUGUAUAUAUAUAUAUAAAUAAGUAAAGAAUAAAUUAUGCGUGUUUGAUAAUUUUUAUAUGAUAUUUAUUUGUUUAUAUUUGACAAUGUUGUCGAAAGUGUUUCGUUUCAUGACCUCGAUCAAAAUAUGUCAAAGGUUCGAUAUGUGCAAAGUUGCUUUAGUAGUACGAACGAAUCAGAAGUGUAACUUCAGUAAUAAACUGACUUAUGUAGUACCCACUAUGAUGGCUCUUUGGACUUUUCAAUCCACAAAAGACAAAGAGAAAGAGAAAGAGAAUAAUAGCGAAGCAAAAAAAAUUGCUACGAAAGAAAGCUAUAUUAUAACGGCAGAUGUUUUGUUUGACCAAGGCUUAUACAAGCAAUUAUAUAAACAUUUAUCAAAUUACAAGCAUAAUGAGGACGUAGAAAUUCUAUGGCGUUUGAGUAGGGUUUUAUAUAAUUUGUCAAAGACAGCUAACGAAUCGGAAGCAAAAGAAAUGAUUCUAGAAGCUUAUAAUUUUAUACAAACUGCAAUUAAUAUCAAAGAGGAUCAUUAUGCUGUACAAAAAUGGAUGUCAAUAUUACUUGAUAGUAAAAGUUCUAUGGAAGGCAUGAAGUCUAGGAUACAACAGUUAUACAGCAUUAAGAAGCAUAUGCUUAGGGCAAUAGAAUUAAAUCCAAAGGACCCUACUACUUUGUACAUGCUUGGCAGUUGGUGUUAUCAAGUAUCUGAUUUAGCAUGGUAUCAAAGAAAAAUUGCAUCAUUAGUAUUUGAUGUACCCCCGGAUUCAUCCUUUGAAGAGGCAUUAAUAUAUUUUGAAAAGGCAGAAGAAACAAGUCCUAAUUUUUAUAGUUAUAAUUUACUUAUGCUUGCAAAAACUUAUUUAAAAUUAGGUAGAAAAGAAGAUGCUCUCAAAUAUUUAAAAUUGACCACAGAAUAUCCGACUACAACCCACGAAGAUGUUCAAGCUAAGAAAGAAGCACAAGAAAUGUUGAAUGCUUUUUAAAGCUUCGUCAAAUAUUUUUCUUAAUACUCAAGUGCACAACUAUGCCUCCCUGUUCAGAUUGGAAUUACAAAGAUGGAGGUUGUAUAAAGAUUUUUAUGCACAAUAUCAAAAAUAUUUCUUCAUAGCUCAUAUUUAAUAUUUUAUUAUAUUUAAAGUAUAAAAUACGAAAAAGAAACAUUUGCACAUUCAUAUAAAAGAAACACAUAGGUUGGAUUUAUUACAAUGUUGGUUUACGAUGUUGAUAUGUUGCUAUAUAUAUAUAUAUUAUAUAAGUUAGAUUUUUGAUAUGCAUUUACUAUAAUAUUUUUUGUAAAGUCAUGUAUAAAAAAUAGUACAGGAAGUUAUUACACUACAUUUUUAAUAACUUUUUUAAUGUUAAUACUGAAAGAGUAAAUCAUUAGAAAUGUUGAAGAAAAAAGAAGUAGUUAAUUUUAUACAUGAAUUUACAUCGUUAUGUAUCUCUUUCUCUCACACACACAUGUACACACAUUUUCUCUCUCUUUCAUUUUUUCAUGCUUUCUCUCUUUCACUUUCUUAAUUUAUUAUAUAAUUUAUUAUAACUUAUUGUGUCUAUUAACUAUUUUCAAUUAAAAUAAUUUAAUUAUAGAUUUUAUUUUAACGAUCUAAAUUUUCUUCUAAAUUAUUGUGAACAUCAGGUGGUUCGUUCACUGGUGGCUCUAUUCUUUCUUCCACGAGAUUUUCUUCCAAGAAGAUUGGUUCCGGCUGAUCCUCUAGUGGAAUUGCUUCCAAUGGUGGUGGAUUUAUUUGCCCUUCAUUUUCUUCUUCAUUUCUUUGUUCAUAUCGAUUUACAACUUGUUGUGCUGCAAGUUGUAAAUAUCUCAUUUCUCGUCUUCUUCGUUCUAUACGUUCUUGUUCUUUUUGUUGGAAUUCCAUAUGUUGAAAGUAUCGUCUGCGUCGAUACUCUCGUCUUAUGGCAUCCGGUUCCCUUUCUUCUAGUCCGAUUGGUAGAUCAUUUUCGAUAAGUAUUUCAUCAUCAAUUUCAACAUAACUAGGGCCAACGUGAUGAAUCGGAUGUUCAAUCGGUACUGGGAAGUGCACAUGAUGUCUGUUGCAAGUGCAAGAAAUCGCCAUCCAUAUAUAAUUUGACGGUAGUUGUGGUAGCGUUAAUUGUAAAAUUUCUUCUGGAUAUUCAUCGUCGUUGUUUGGUAGAAGAAAAUAGUUUGCUGCCAUCAUUCCGUUCAUUUUUGAUAAUUGAUGUAUCUGUACAGAAAAAAGUCAUUUUUAUAUUUAAUUAUUUAUUUUACAUUGGCCAAGAGAUAAAUUUAAUAAUAAUGCUAAUAAUAAUAAUAGAAUAAUUCUGGGUGAGGAGAUGACUCAUUCUCAUAUGUUGUAAAUAUAGUCAGAUUUUCAAAUAUUUUUAGUGCUAGAACUGACAAUAAUUAUUAAAAGACAAAAAAAAGAACUAAUAAACAAUAUCGUUUGUUUGUUUUUAAUUAAGAAAUUAGAUAAGUUGUUUUUAAUGUAGAGAUUAAAUACUCGUAAAAGUUUUCGAAUUAUUCUUUAAAUUAUUUAAUAAUCAAAUUGACGAUGUGGUGAAGUUUGACAAGAAUUGAUUAUCACACCUGGAACUAUCCUACUAAUAUUUAUUUUUGCAAUUAGAAUCAAAGAUAUUAAUUUGUUACAUUUAUAAAAAAAAAAAAAGGAGUCUUUAAUUCAUUACAUUAAAUAAAUUCACAUAUAUCACUUACAAUUUUCAAUUACUCAUUAAUUACAAUCACACAAGAUUUGCUUAUUUAUUAUUAUGGAAAAAAUUGAUAUAUUUCAUUAUUAAAAAGAAUUCAAUCGUACUUACACUUUUUCUUUUUUCACAGAAACUAUAUAGUGUACUACUAUCGUAGUGUAUUAGACUGGAGUAUAGUAUUUGACAGAAGAAACCAAAGUUUGAAUCUGACACGAUGCGUCUCAGUUGAAAAUUUGAAAAUAACUGGUAAACUGAAGAAAAUUUACCCAUUUAUAUAGUAGUUUUUCCCCACCACUGCAAUUCAUAAAUGGUUCUUUUUUCUUUAUUUCACCUCUUCAGGUAUACGUAUUUGCUGCAGGUAUACGUAUUUACGUAUGGUAUAUACCUGAUGUUUCUACUUAGAUUUAUUAGUUUAUUGAAUUUCUUGACGUUUUACAAUCACGGUGAAAGCUUCAAUAAAAUCAUAUAACAAUGUCUGUGUGUCAGAAAUACACAGAGAAAUUUAGUAAUUGGUAAAUACAUCAACUAUGAAUGUAUGUACACAUAUAGUUUUACACUCAUACACACGCAGCAACACAACACACGAGUAUAGUCUAUUUAUAAUAAAAAAUAAAUAAUAAUUUAUGCAACAUAUCUAAGAGUAAGAGAAAAAAGAGAGAGAGAGAGAGAGAGAGAGAGAGAGGGGGGGGAUGUCUAAUUUUCAUUCCUAAUAUAAUAACAUUUUGAAUUGCAACAUUUCUGAGCUCAAUUAUAGUGCAACAAAUUGAUGUGAUAUUGUUCUAAGACUGAGUUUGAGAAGGUACAACCACAUAAUGCUAGAGAACUAAGAUCUAUUUGAUCAGUAAAUCUUUUUGUAAAUUUUCUUAAACUAAUAUUUAGUUAAUGUACCUAUACAUGUAAAUCUCACUUGUAUACUUAUUUUUUGCGAGGAUUUCAAUGAUUAGGCUAUAUCAUAUAUCAGAGAGAUUAGCUGAACGAUAAUAAAAAAUAAUAUCAUCGAUCAGUCGAUAUUUGUUCAAUAUUUUUCUGUAACACACUUACACAAAGACAAUUUUCUCUCGAAAAGUAAAUAUUUACAUCAUUUGCAAGUGUAUUCUUCCGUACGUUCGGUACACGUGUCACAAUGCACAUGACAGCACCAAUGAAAUUUACAUCUACACUGCCAAGUUCUAGUAAAUUGAUGUGUGUUAUAACCACGACCACAACACAUCAAAUCACAUCCAUCGGUACCUACAAAACAAAAACAAAAAAAAAAAAAAAAAAAAAAAGAAAUAGAAAUUCCUGAUUAUAUAAUGUGUACCAAAGUCAUUAAAUAUUGAAUGAAAACAUU